GUAAUAUGCCGCUGAGCGCCCCUAACGCUAGACAACCAUAAAAGUCAUUGUUGCCGCGAAACAGAGCGUAAAGUGAUGCCCGCAUAAUGGUCACCAAAACGACAACAAACAACAAUUUACAUAUGAAUAACAAUGAGGAGAAUGAUAUCGAUCAGGAUGAUGGCAUGCAGGAUCUGGGUUUGCCAGUAUCACUGCAGAUCUUCCUCUGGCGUCAGAUUGCACCUUUCAUAAGGCCGAAACUGGGCAAAUUGCAUGAGGCUAGUUGCAUGUUUUGCCAACAUGCACCAGGACAUCAUGAAUCGAAAGAAGCUUGCAAGUCCUUCGAAAAAGUACUCGUACAAAAUAUACAAUUCGGCUUGUCACCGCCGCUCACCAAAGCGCUGGGCGACAUACCACGUUGGCGUCUACUGCAAGCAGCGUUGCCACACGUUAUGCACUGUGUAGCCGCAUUGCUGCACAAUCGUGUCAAGGAUAUGCAGGCGAUUGGUCCCGUAGAAACCAAAUUGCUCUACACAAUGCAAUGGAUAUUGCUAUAUGCAGCCGAGGAAUGUGCCGACGAUGAGGGUGGUAAUGAGGUUUUAGGCGAUGAGACACCGAAACAAAAGUCGAUGGAGCAGUAUUUGUUUUCGGUGCCCACAAUAACGCUCUUCGUCUACUUGUUUGCGCCCAUUAUACAUCACUUGAAAGAGUCUGAUUUCCAGAAUUUUCGGUUGGAAAACGGCAUUAAGUUGUGGCAGGGUAUGUGGGAUAAUCGUGCACCAGGAGCGCCGUGUUUUACGGCACCUGUAAAGCCGAAAGCGCGUAAUUUGCUCUGCGCACCGUCACCAAAAGGUUCCACAGAUGUCUUUCCGGGACGUAAGCAAUCAUCUAAUGUUGAUGAAGCCACAUCGCCGAAACCCGACUCGCCACAAAGUCAGCAGUCCGAGCAUACGAGGCAAGACGAAGAUAAUUCAUGGGUUUCAUCACCAAAAGAAUUCGCUUUUCCCGAGACCAUACCAGAAGAGGCGUCAAGCGUGGAGGAUGAACGUGUAGUAAUAUUUCGUUUACCCUCUGCACCACAUCUUAUGGAUAACUCGUUCUUCACGGCCGACGCGAGCUUGUUGCAGCAACAGCAAUCGCAAAGUCGACGCGGCAGCCGACAGUCGGUACACUCACGAGACAAAGAUAAACCAGCAACGAAAUUCGAAUUCGACCAGCAAGAGUUAAUGCGUGGCGCUUCAGUUAAGGAGAAACGCAGUCCUUCGAUGGAGAAGGAGACCGAGUCGGACAAAUCAGACAGCGUGCACGUGGACGUAUCGGCGGCCACCUUUCUAGAUGUGGCCGUGCUGCGUUGUCUCUUCAUUUCACACUGGCAGGAGGAGGGUAUUUUCUGGAGCCUGCAGUACAUGUAUAAUCGUCUAAGUGAAAUCGGCGAAGAGGCCUCUAUUACGUUGAAUCAACCACGUAAACGCUCUAAUUCGCUACCCAUACCACAAAUCGAGAUUUCAUUAUACCAAGGACCGGGCAGCAAUAGUCGUGACAGCCCGAGCAGUUCGGUAGCCAAGGACUAUAUUGAGAUACCAGAACCCUCCAUAACAGCGUGCUUAGUUGAAGAGUCCAGCCCAACAGCGGAGCGGCGCGGCAGUGAGAAGAAGAAACGCGUCAAAAUGGCGGAUUUGCGCGCAUUCGUCGAAACGAAAAUGUUCUCGAAAUCCGAGAAGAAUCUUGAAAAAGUAGGCCUAGAUACAAGCUCUGCUAAUGGCAAGAGACCACUGCAACAUGCAGAAUAUCAUCGCAGUUUGGACACCGGUGAGAAAAAGCUCUCACGCUCGGCUUCUAUGAUCACUAGAGAACCGGCGAGUAAUCUCAUCAAAGGCAAAUCGAUGCCAAGUUUAAGCUAUCAAGCGUCUGAAAAACACGUUCAUAUCUUAUGUGAACGCCGUAAGUCAGAAGGCUCUGCGCUUCUAACACGGAUGAAAAACACUUGCAAUACCACAACUCUACAAAAACUCUGUCUUCUUGAUAGCGGAUUUUACAGGUACGUAGAGCCACCGAAAGCGAUGCGUCCCUCCCAGUCAACCGGACCACGUACGGCCUUCUAUCCGCGCAAUCCCAUAAUCACCGUCACGGAGCACACGCCCACACCGUCGCCAGAUUAUCUCAAACGCCAGCAGGGCUCCAUCGACUCACAGUUGGACGCACUGAGCAAUGGUGGCAGCAUUAGUGGUGUGGCGGGCGGCACCAGUGGCAGCGGUGGCGGUAUUGCUGGCGCUGGUGUCACAACCGGUCGCUUCCGCGGUCAAAUGCUACGUUCGCACACCGACUCGCACAUCGAUUAUACUGGCGUAGAGUCGGAAGCGCCUGGCAGCUCGUUCUACAUAACACGCGAUGGUGGCAUAGAUUAUGAAAUUGUUUUGUUGGCGGUUUAUAAUAUCUUCAAGCGUGACAUGUCCAUUUGUUCGCAGCGUGUACUGGAGGCGGGUCUUAAUAUUUGCGAAUUGCUACUGGAAAUGGGCGUGCUGAAGUUGGGCGAGCAUGCGCACGAGAUAUCGAUGGGUAUUGUAAAGCGUGCGCUACUCAUUUUGGGCUGUCACAAUGGCUGCAAUGAUGGGGCACGCGGUCCGCCGGCAGAUUUCCUGCGCAGCCAGUGCCAAAAGAUACUUUCGCGCAUACUACGCCAAGCCAGCCAACGCACCAAGCGUUACCUGCAGCAGAUGGUAAAAACGUCCGACUUGCAAGAAUUGGUGGACUUUUUUCACGCGUUUGUGGCAUUUUGCGUGGACCCGAGCUCAUUGUUGUCGCCGCUGACACAUAAGCGCACGGGUGGAUUUAAAAAUGCUAACACCGAUACGUCCCCAUCAGGCGGCCAAGGUGGCUACUCGACCAAUUUCAGUGGCGGCUUGAGUGGCGGUCCGGAAUCACAAGUGUUUGCAGCUGUCUUCAAUCCGCUCGUGACACGUUUCGUAGAGGCAACUAAGGAUCUCAAGUCCACGGAAAGCUCGCCACUCUACAGCGAUAUACGACAGUUGGUGACUUAUGUGAAGGGUGCACAUGGUGGACCAUUCCGUUUGGUGGCGCUAAGUGGCAUAUUAGCUGUGACGCCGCGACCACAUAAGAAGGGUCCAGUGGCACAAACAACACGUGUUAUAAGACACAUACCGCAGGCGGAAGUGGCUCAGAGUAUACCAAACGAUGAUAAUCGCUCACAGCGUCGUCUCUUACUUAAGAAGCGCAGUACAUCAUCAGCUUGUGCUGUGAGCCUAUUGGAAACGGAGCCGUGUGAGGAGCAUUACAAGAGCAGUCAAUCGCCAUUGAGUAAUUUCCGCCGUCGCACCACAGGUGUGCGACCCACGCUCACACCGCGUCACAGCGAGCGUGCAUUGCUCUCUGACUCCACUUCGAGCUCGGAGCGCAAUUCGCUUGGUCGCUUGAGUGGUUUGGUGCGUUGGUUUCGCAGCACACCGAAGGAGGCUUCAUCUAUCGAUUUGGAAAUUGGUUCACUUAAUCCGGAAAUUACUUCUACAUUCAUACGCCACGCCUCGCUGAAGAUACAACGUGGGCGCACCAGUGACGGCAUUGGACGCUCAAUACAGCGCGCUAAGCGGCGUGUAGAACGGCGUUUAAAUCGUUUUGGUGGUAUCGUUAAGGGUAAGAAGAAGGCGGGCGGUAUUGAGGAAACCGCCGACUAUAGUCGACGUAGCUCUUCGGAUAUGUGUGAUGGGCCGCGUGAGUCGGAAGUGGUAGUUUUGAAGGAGAGAAAAUUAAUUCCGCUAGAACCCGUACGUAUGGGUAUGCUGCGUUUAUCGUUUUUGCUUGAGACCUGCGCGCCGGGUUCGUUUCCCGAUCCACAGCUUAUUGCCGCCGUUUUGGAUUUGCCACAAGGGCCGCUUGUUGCACGUGCCACCUUUCUGCUGGAAUGUGCGCAUUUCGUACAUCAAUGCAACAAAGGACAAUGGCCGCCUUGGAUGAAACACAAUAUUAGCGGCUACAGACCAUCGGGCACCAACCUCAAUCUGAAUCAAACCAAACAUCAGACCACAGCGACUAGCACGCGGCGUACACAUAUUUUACAGCGCACAGCGGGCAAAAUGUUUCAUCAGUGGGCCGAGAUGCUCGGCGCACGUCUUGAGGAGAUCAUCUUCACAGAACGUUUACAAUUCGAAGCGGUAAAUGCAACGUUGACCGAUCCAGAACGUCAGCGUGAAUUGCUGCAACAGGACGAAGAAGAGGACUUCCUUGACGAGGCCUCUGUAAAUCCGCAUGGCAACGAUUGUCCACACGCUUUAAAAUUAAUUGCGUGCGUGUUGCUCUUCGAAAUCACUUCAUUCCUGCGCGAUACUUAUGUAACGCUGCCAAAAGCGUCGAAGUUACUGCAUCGUGAGAAACAUGCUCCCUGGGAAAAGGUUUAUCGCGAGGCCAACCGUCGUUGGUCGAUGGCAUUGAGCUCCAUGGGUCACUCACAAACGUCAGCGCAGAGCUUACAAUCCAUAGCCGCCGGUAAUGAUGCAGCUGGUGGUCAAACGGAGCGCAAGAUAUCUUUUGUACUGCACGAACCGGACAAUGAGUCUGAAAAUAGUAGCAACACCACACUCACAAAAGAAGGUGAAGAAGCUCGACGCCCCGCUGCUUCGGCGGUCCGACCUUUCCUUUUACGUCGUGGCACUGCGACUACCACCGGCGGCUCAUUCAAGCGGCGGUCAUUGAAAUUGCGGCGUAACACGAAGGAUGGCAAGGAUUUGGAAACCGAUUUCAAACGCGUCGAUUCCAUACAGUCUCGUCGCAAAGUUUCAUCGCUCUCUGAUCGCAGCGACACUUCAGAACAGGGUAUAGUCAGCGGAGAGGAAUCUCCUGGCAUACUGAGUGAUGAUCAACAACCCGAAUCGCCAACAGACUCAAACGAGACCGAUGACACGGCCAAAAAUAUGCCUUGGCUGAAGGCAGUCAUAGACCUAAUCACCAGCUACAACUACUAUUGUUCGCAUAAGGGCUAUUGUCAUCCCUAUUGUUAUAAGCGGCACAUGCGCUCCUGCACGCGCUUGAUGAAGGCAACACGCAAAAUCUAUGGCGAGGAGUUCGGUUUCACUUUCGAUUUCGAACAUCCAACUGUAGAACCGACUGCGCCCGUAAGCGCCACUAGUAAGUCCCAUCAAGCACGACCGCGUUCUACACGCAAAGUAUCCGAGCAGAGUUCAACACAUACGUCUCCUUCGAAACGUAAGGACAGUAUCUCACGCCGCGAUCGCAUAAGCGACGAUCCCGACAUAGAGAUCGCCGAGAAGCUAGCUGACGCCUUCCAUCAGGAGAAAGAGAAGAAGGAGCAAGAUGAACCGGCCAUACUGAAGUAUCAACGCUUCUAUAUACGCACAUUAUUCCAUUAUCCGUUCGCAACCAUGCUCAAGGGUGCUGUCAUACUCACCGAGGAAAUGGUUAUUGAAGCAAUGCCUGCCGCUUGGGAGCUCUUGCUCGAUUCAAAUCAAGAUACUGCUUCAGCGAGCGCUGCUGUCUUCUUAAUGGGUUCAGUGAAGGCGCAAAAUUUCGCCUUUGACAUAAUGCAACGUGCUCUCAAGAGCAAGGAUCCCGAUGUGCGCAUCGGCGCUGUACAACGAUAUCUGGUGCUAUGGAAGAGUCGUUUUCACGUUUGGCCACGCAUGGAGGAGAAUGCACAUGAUCUUACUUUCAAAGUACCGCCGGGUGGCAUUGAGUUCACGCUACCUUCACCAAAAAUAGGCAUCGAAAGCUUGCCAGUCGUCGAUCCACCUUGGAUGCCUGUCCAGCAAACCAAAGACAUGGAUGUCACACUCAACCAGGACCGACACCGUUCGCUGGUCACGGCAACGAAGAGUCGCAAAAUGCAACAGACGGAAGCUAUACGCAACGCUUUGCGCCAACAACGCGACAAGCAACGCGCCGAGCGUCAUAGCUUCCUCAUCACAACCAUACCGAUCAGUCAGCAGGCUUCGCAUGAACCCGGCAUGGAGCAUGAGGAUCACGAGGGUGAAGAGGAUUUGGAUGGCACGCGCAUACAUUUACAUCAUGCCCAUUCACUAUUUCCAUCGGUUCUGUGCUCCUCGGUUAUGCAGAUUGUGGGUUGUUUGGAUGAUGCCGCCAUUGGCACAGAUGGCAACGCCGUUUAUGAAAUCGCCUAUCAGGCCAUUUGGGUUUGUCUCGUCGAAGAGUCCGCGCUCUUUUUGCGCUAUGUAUUUGAGCGUCUAACACGCGAUCGUCAAGACCAAAUGUUUAAAUUGCUGCGACAUUUAAUACGUUUCGUGCCACGGUUGCCGCAACAAGCCGCCUUCGCUUUGUAUAACUCCAUCAUUGGUUAUAUAAUGUUCUAUGUACGUUCAUCGAAUGAGCACAAGCAGGAGCUUGUCGGUUCGGCCCUCUCGGUACUUUGGAUGGUGGUUCACAGCGUGCAUGGCAUUAUGUUUAAGGAUCUCAAGCAAAUUCUACGCAAGGAGCAGUGUGAUGCAUCCAUUUUACUCACGGCAAAUGUACCGGCUGCUAAGAAAAUUGUCGUGCAUGGACCGACUGAUGAUGAUUGCAAUAUACCAUCCCAAUUCCCAGUGCAGGAGGACACACUGUUCUGUCAAUUGCUGAAGGAGGCUUUGGACUACUAUCCCGUGGAUGAGAAGAAUUUAAAUCAUUACUGUCUGGUAGAUUACAAAAGUAACAAAAUUCUCAACCCCAACUGGUACAUACGCGACUUGUACUUCUUCAAGCGUUCUCAAUAUCCCGAAGUUCGUUUGAUACUCAUGAAACCGGAGGAUUCCUUCUUAGCACUGCAGAAGCAGGAGCUCACUAAGAAAUUCGUCGAAAUUGGUAAGGUGCAUUUGACAUGGGCCAUUUUAAAGAACGUCGAUAUGGUGGUACAACGUGUCGUCUUUCUACACGAGGAGCUCAUGAAGCUACCAUCAUUUCCACGCAAAGCGCUCGAAGUGGAUCUGGACUUACAUCAGGGUGGCGAAUAUGGCGAGGUGCUGCUGGGUCUGGACGUGUUGCACAAAUUCAUGUGGGUGCGCUUGAUAGCGCGCAUGUUCGAAGCGAUGGCCGGCAAUUUCGCCUACUCUGCCGACAUACAACUAUUCUUGAAUGUACUUUCCGGCGCAGCUAUACUGCAUGCGGAGGAUUCCUGCAUUAUGCGUUACGUCAUGGCCACCUACAUCAAUGCCGCUUUCAAUUUUAAGAAUAUAUUUUCGACGAAUGGCUAUUUUAUGAUCAUGCCAACUUUGUUGCAAGUUUAUUCGUUGCAUCAGACUAAUAAGUUGAUCACCACCACCAUUGAGUAUGCGGUAAAACAGUUCUAUUUGCUUAACCGGAAACCAUUCAUUUUGCAAAUGUUCGGUUCGGUAUCGGCAAUACUCGACACAGACGAGGACGGUACCUACGGCGAAGCGCACAAGGUACAAUCAAGUUGCUUGUUUAAUUUGCUGCUGAGUUUAGAGGAUCCUUCACCUGAUCCAUUAAAUAUAGCUGAGCUGGUUAAGGAGCCCAAACCGUUGAAAGCCAUUGACUUUUGCUAUCACGAUGAGGAUGGUGAUGUCACCGUACUGGAUUGCAUUACAUUAUGUGUCAUGGUGGUUUCCUACUCGGCUGAGAGCACACGCGGCUAUCAAAUGCUGAUCAUUUUGGAGGCUAUACUACCAUGCUAUUUACAACAAAUACAGUCUCCCAGCUACAUACCGCUACAGGGUAAAUCGGAACGUGACAUUAUUCUACAGCUGGCCGUCGCCAUACGAACUAUGGUGCAUAAUUGUGAGGGUUUAGCAAAGAGCUAUAAUGGUCCGUAUCGCAAUAGUCCAGAGCACAAGGGUUCGUCGCAACGCAAUUGCAGUCGCGGUCCACCCUGCUCACCCGGUCUGGACUUUGAGGAAGAAUCACACUCGAAAUAUGUAAAUGAUCCACGCACGAAGAACGUCGCCGACUCGGGUGAAGACUCCGAAAUGAUACGCACGGAGUAUCGGCGUCCACGUGACGUGCUGCUGUCAGUGGUUGGCGAUUUCCUUAGCAAGUCCAGCACACGUUUGGUGGAAUUGUCCAAAAAGUUGCCGAACGACAACAAAGCAACCGAAGUGCUGGACGCCAAGUGUCACAUGCGUCUGGCGGAGAUUGCGCAUUCGCUGUUGAAAGUCUCACCUUACGACCCCGAAUCGAUGGCAUGUCGUGGUCUACAGCGUUAUAUGCAAGCCAUAUUGCCGCGCGCCGAGUGGUCGAAUGAUGCACUGCGCAACUCAUUGAUCACGAUACUGCGACGCGUGGACAAGGUAUUUUUGAAAAUCUCCAAGAAACCUUCGAUUCGACGUAAUACGGAUUGGGAGGCGGCAGCCGGUUUGCUUAAGGGUAUACAUGAGACCAUCGUGCGGCAUCCGUAUGUGUUGCAUUGGCAGCAAAUGAAGACGCUCAUAAGCACGGUGCAAAAUCUGAUCGUAAACGAGGGUACGAGCGCUGGUGAGGGUGUAUCAAGCGCAGGUGCUGCUCUUAUGUCUCAGAAUCCUCCAGCCUUCUUUUGUUCGACAGUGGUGCGUUUGGUAGCGCUACAAGUGGUCAGCCCCGUGGAUUGUUUCUCGUUAGUGCAGAUAUGUGGUGGCAGUGAAUUUGCUACGCAAGAGAAGGCCGAAGGUUUUCUAAUGCAUCUGAUUAUGCCACUGUGCUUGAAAGUGUGCUCCGGACGCGGCGUCUCCGAUAUUGGCGAACUAAAGAUGACCGAUGUCUCAUUUCUGCUGACCGUUGUACUGAAUGCUAUGAGCCCGCCGGCCGGCCGCACUGGGCAAGCAGUUAUACAAACCAAUCGUGUGGGUGGCGAUUUGCGUGCUGGUUCGUUGACAUUUACUGGCAGUCGUGACGCCAAGCGACCGGCACGUAUCUCCGGAUCGCUCUAUCAGGCGGCCUUUUUAGCAUUACGUAUUGUAUGCAUUUGCUUCGAGAACCGCUUGUCGAAUGAGUGGCCGCGCAUUGUGCGUGUAAUGCGCGAUCUGGGACGACGAAAUGAAGCGGCGCCGGAUUUGUGGAGUUUCCUCGAAUUUGUAGUCACACACCGGACUCCCUUGUACAUCGCAUUGAUGUCUUUCAUUUUGCAUAAAAUUUCACAACCACCAAUUGGCGAUCACGAACGACAUAUGCAAUUCUUAAUAAGAGAACGCCUACGCGGCACACCACCUCCAGGCGGUAUCAAGUCAAAGGGUGCACUUUUGCUGGAACUUGCCCGAGAGCUGAAAGAUCUGAGAGAUGAACUCGAGGAAAAGCGUUAUGAUCGCGAGUGCUCGGAUCAAAAGAAAACAGAUACACCCGCCGCAACUAGCGCUGGCGAGACGCAUAGAGGGCAGCAACGUCCUUCACUGAUAUCCAUAUUUACCGGUACCACCACCGGUCAAGCCACACACUCACAUGUCUCUGCCGUGCCGAUUGACUCCCGCAGUGGCUCCGGUGGCAUUUGUACACCCAGUGACACGCUCUCCCAACAAACACUACAUCCGCCCAGAGAAUCUUUGUCGAGCAGCUCCACAGGACGCGAACAUCACACCAGCGAAAGUCAGAGCGGUGAGAAUGCCGCCGGUUCUGCGCCAACACUGGUGGGCGCAACUGGCACCGUAACCACAGGCUCUAAUCAUGGCACCAGCUCUGCAACCAUUGCUUCUGCGCUGCCACCAAAUGUCGUUUCCCAACUCUCGCACUCCCAAUCACUGCAACAGGCGCCAUUUAAAGCACAACCACCCAAAUUACGUUUCGUAUCAUCGGUGGAGUUCAGACAUUCCUCUGGUGAAACUUCCACUACACCGCUAUCGCCAGAGAGCCCAGCCGAAGAUAGUUCCGGUGAUCAUACGCGUUCACGUUUGCAACGCUCAAAAGCGUCUAGUCGUAAAACGUUUAGGUUGCGGCGUAGCCGUCUAACGCCAAUGGAACCGCCAAGUAUUGUAACGCAAAUAUCACAGGAAGAGCACCCGAAGACAAUUGGCGAAAUAUCGUGGGACUCAGUAUCGCAAACUUCAUCCACAUCCGGUUAUCGCGAUAACAAUAGCUUGCAGACCGGCUUGCUAUCGCCCGAUGGUUCGCUUGGUGGCAUGACAUUGGGUCGCUCACCAUCGCAGCACUCUUUGCUAAUGGUAUUCGAGGGACACGAUGAGGACACGCUUAUUUAACAAUCACAGUCCAGCCCGACGCAGACUGAGGAGUGAUGCGUGCUUUCGAGCAGUUACACUGCUAAGCCAUAAAAUGUAUUGUCUUCGAUAGUAAAUACGAAAUUGUUGCAGUUCUUCGUCGGAUGCGUUGAGAUCAUACUCACAAUUAUACACAAUUUGUUAACAGUACUCUCAAGUACAAUGCAAGCAAAUAUAAUUUAUAUAAAUUGAACUUUUUUAAUAGAUUUUAGUAGGUAAAAAUUGUAUUAAUGUAUUGUAAUGUUGACAUAAUAACCAAACUAAAAUUAUUGCCAUUAAAAUGUGCCAACUAAAUGAAGUAAAA